CGAAAAAGCACACAGCGCGGGUCUUUGGCUUUCAUAAAGUGUUACGACGAGCACUUUAACCUCCCAACCAACCCUUUGAACACACAGGCACUUCCAUAUAAGCAUGACAGCGGAAGAUUUCAAAACACGCGGCAACAAGGCCUUCUCGUCUGGCCAAUUUGACGAAGCCAUCAAACUAUUUUCUCAAGCUAUUGAGAUGGACCCCUCGAAUCAUGUUCUGUACUCAAAUAGAUCAGCAGCACACGCGAGUCUGAAGGAUUACCAGAAUGCCCUACAGGAUGCUGAAAAGACAGUUCAGCUGAAGCCAGAUUGGGCAAGAGGAUAUUCACGGAAAGGUGCUGCCCUUCAUGGAUUGGGCGACUUGGUGGCGGCCGCAGAUGCAUAUAAAGCAGGAUUGAAGAUUGACCCCAACAAUGCACAACUGCAAAAGUCAUUGGAUGACGUGGAAGCCGCGAUGGCCGCUGAAGGAGACAACCCUUUCGGUAACAUUUUUGGUCCCGAGGGUUUGGCAAAGAUUGCCAGCAACCCAAAAGUUGCGCCCCUACUUGCUCAGCCGGAUAUUCAAGCAAAGAUUCAGGACAUUCAAAAGAACCCACAGAACAUGAAUUUGUACAUGCGAGAUCCUCGUAUCAUGACUCUCAUGAUGGCGGCAAUGGGUCUGGAUGCGACGGUGGCAAACAAUGCGGAGGAUGCCGCUGCUGCGGCUGCUGCCGCUGCGAACGACGCCGAAUCGAGAUCAGCCCCCAACCCAACCGCCACAUCAAAAAGCGAACCAAAAAAGGCGCAACCUGAACCUGAGCCUGAACUCACAGAAGAGGAGAAGGAAAAGAAACAGAAGAGGGCUCAAAGUGACAGGGAAAAGGACCUCGGUAACCAAGCUUACAAGCAGCGCAAGUUUGAUGAAGCCUUGUCGCAUUACGACAAAGCAUGGGAGUUGGACAAUACCAACAUUGCUGUUUUGACUAACAAGGCUGCUGCACUAUAUGAAGCCGAACGAUACGACGAAAGUAUAAAGACAUGUGAGGAUGCAGUGGACGCAGGUCGUGAGCAACGUGCAGACUACAAGAUCAUCGCCAGAGCACUUGGCCGCAUGGCGAACGCUUACAUGAAGAAAGGCGAUUUGGAUAAUGCUAUCAAGUACUAUAACAAGUCCUUGACCGAGCAUCGCACCCCAGACAUCCUCACCAAAUUGAAGGAGGCGGAAAAGUUGAAAGCUAUCCAAGAAAAAGAGUCAUACCGGAAUCCACAGCUUGCUGAUGAAGCGCGUGAGAAGGGCAAUGAGCUUUUCAAGGAAUCCAACUUUGCCGAGGCCGUUAAAUACUACACCGAAGCCAUCAAGCGGAACGACGCCGACCCACGCAACUACUCGAACCGCGCUGCUUGCUAUGUGAAAUUGAUGGCCUUCCCGGAGGCUGAAAAGGACUGCGAUGCAGCGUUGCAAUUGGACCCCAACUUUGUGAAGGCUUACAUCCGGAAGGCCGCUAUUCUCCACGCCAAACGGGAUUACGUUAAAGCGAUCGAUAUGUGCAAUGAAGCGAAGGAGAAGGAUGUAGAAGGCAAACAUACUCAGGAGAUUGAUGCUCAAAUCUUCAAAUGCUAUGCCGGGCUCAAUCAAGUGCAGAACACUGGAAACCGGGAAGAAAAUCUGAAACGGGCAAUGAAUGAUCCUGAAGUGCAAGCCAUCAUGGCCGACCCAGUCAUGAACAGCAUUCUAAAACAGAUGCAGGAAGACCCAAGAGCGGCACAAGACCACAUGAAGAAUCCCCAAGUAGCGGCAAAGAUCCGAACGCUCAUCAAUGCUGGUAUCAUUCAAGUCCGCUAAAAGAGCGGUGCAACCAGCACGCAAUCCUAGAUAAACCCGACUGUUUCUGUACUUGAAUUGUUCUUACGGUUGUUGCAGAAUGUUUUAAUGUAUUUGCAUAUAUUGUCACAUUGCAGCUAUGCUGUCAGUAGUCCA